AACUUGAUUUAUUGGGAAAUCAAAGAAAAAAAAAUUGAAGUUGGGCAGGCAAACGAAAUGAGACAAGUUGAAACCCUGAGAGAGUCACACGUAAACAUGCACGCGCCAUCACCCCAACCUCUCUCUGUUCUCUUCAUCAACCCUCACUCAUACAUUACCAUUAGCAACGGACAGAAGAGAGCAACAAUGAACAACCCUAGUUCUCCCUCUCCCUGCGCGGCCUUCGCGGACUUCUACGAGCAAUGGUUCGAGGAGCUUCAGUCCCUGAUGCAGCAACUCAGGGGUGAGGGCAGAAAAGAGGAGGUGAUGGAGAAGGUGAUGUGGCACCACCAGAACUACUACGUGGCCAAGUCGGCGGCCGCGGAGAAGGACCCACUCAACGUGUUCCUAUCUCCCUGGGCCACCACGCUGGAGCGCUCCCUCCACUGGAUCACAGGGUGGCGCCCCACCACCGCGUUUCACCUCAUCUACACCGAGUCCUCGCUCAUGUUUGAGUCCCACAUCAUCGAUAUUCUCCAGGGACUCCGCACCGGCGACCUCGGCGAUUUGUCACCCUCCCAGUUCCGCCGCGUCAGCGACAUCCAAUGCGACACUGUGAAGGAGGAGAAUGCAAUAACGGAGGAGCUAUCAGAGUGGCAGGACAGUGUGAGCGAGAUGAUGGGCCCAGGUGCGAACAUCAACGACAAGAUCGGACGGCUGGUAUGCAUCAUAAAGAAAGCAGAUGAUCUACGGCUGAGAACCUUGCGGAGUGUGGUGGGGCUACUGUCGCCGCAGCAGGCUAUUGAGUUCUUGAUUGCAUCGGCGGAGUUGCUAGUUGGGAUACGCGGUUGGGGAUUGAAUCAUGACCGUCCACGUGGCAGAUGAAAGUGGAAUUGAGUUUAGGCCACAAUUUCUCUAUUUUGAUUGAAAUUCAUUGUGGCCUUAAAAUGAUUGUGUAUUAUUUAUUACUAGUUACUAGAACUAGAACAGUCCUUGCUGAACAAAUAUUUCUUUUUGCUGAUUAAAAACAACAGUCCUUCGCUAUUAGGCUGCAGCCUAAUCCAAAACUUUUCUUAAUUUAAAUUUUAAAGUUUUUUUUUAUGUUAUAAUAUCACAUGCAUUAUUAAAAACCAAUAAUAAUUAUUGACUGUUUGAGUUU